AUGGUUGUCAACCGCCCCCCAUUGCACCGUCCGACGGAUGGCCGAUCGCAGCAACCGUUACUCAGAGAUGACCGCCGUGGCCGCCUCUCGCAAUCUAGUCUUGGAAACGGGGAUGCAGAGGGCCGGCCCAUGUUGCAUCACACCCGCCGUCCUACCAUCCGGAGUAAAAGCCCUGAACACGAUGCUGCCGAAGCAACUCGAAAGAAGUACAUGAUUGCCGCGGGCUUUCUCCUACUUAGUCUGGCUAGUUUCGUCGUUCAGACAGAGACGGCUGUAUACAUUCAGCACGAACUGGGUUGGAACAAGCCUUAUUGCAUGCUUCCUUUCCCCGACAGAUAUAUCACUCACGGCUCCUGGUCACUGCUUUGGCCUUUCCAGCUCCUGAUCCUUCGAAUUCAAAAACGCAAGCUAUCAUGGGAGGCGUUUUGGCGUCGACAUGUCUUUCUAAUCAAGACCACUGCCCAGAUGGUAGAGACCCAGGAGGUCCAUCUGAGCUCCCGCUCUUCCCACCGUUCUCCCGUCCCAUACAUGGUGAAAACUAUCGCCUUCGUGACCACCGCGCUGACAAUCGCCGGUGGCUCAUGGUACGUCGCCGUCAACAUGACCACAGCCAGCGACUUGACUGCGAUCUACAACUGCUCUGCCUUCUUUGCCUACGCCUUCUCAAUUCCUCUUCUCAAUGAGAAAUUGCGGUUUGACAAGGUCUUCGCCGUUGGCAUUGCCAUCGUCGGUGUCCUGGUAGUCGCAUAUGGUGAUCGGCCAGACAAGAAGGUCUCCAAGGGAGGUACAACCAAGGAUGACCAAGAAGCAAGUAGUCGACUCUUGGGUAACAUUGUUAUCGGCGUUGGUAGUAUCCUCUACGGACUCUACGAGGUGCUGUAUAAGCGCUUCGCCUGUCCUCCAGAGGGCACUAGCCCCGGCCGGGGAACUAUUUUUGCCAACGCCGUUGGCAGCAUGAUUGGCUGCUUUACUCUUUUGGUGCUGUGGAUUCCUAUUCCGAUCCUACACAUUCUCGGCUGGGAGACCUUCCGCUUUCCCACCGGUGAGGCGGGCUGGAUGCUUCUCGUCUCCAUCUGUGCCAAUGCCACAUUUUCUGGGUCAUUCUUGGUGCUCAUCUCCCUUACUUCACCCGUCCUUUCAUCCGUCGCGGCACUCCUCACGAUUUUCCUCGUCGCAAUCGUGGACUGGUUCCGCACCGGACAGCCGCUCUCUUGGGCCGCUAUCAUUGGCGGUAUUUUCAUCAUGGUCGCAUUCUUCCUCUUGAGUUGGAGCACAUACCGAGAAUUGAGCGAAGAGCGAAGGAAGCGCCUCGAGAACGAUCAGGUCGAGUCGGACAGUGACUAA